AUGGUUGUGCUCUGGAUCGCUAUUGGUACCAGCAAAAAGCCGAAACCACCGCUAGCAAAUCCUCCACGCUGGAACCAGACGACCCUCUCAAAACGGAUUGAGUUCCUCAAGAACGGAAGGGCCAUACUAAGCGACGCUAGGAAACGCUAUGGCAAGCAGCCCUAUAGGUUGAUUGUCGAUACGGGUGAAUGUCUUAUCCUUCCUCCUGAGUAUGCGGUAACGAUCCGUAACAAUAUGGAUCUUAGCUUCGCAAAGGCAAUAGAGAAGAACUUUUCGGGACAUGUUUCCGGCUUCGAAAUGUAUGCCGUCUUGCUCCACGAGAAGAGACUUGUACAAACCGUUGUGCAGGACCAACUCACCAAAUACUUAAACGUUUUGACAAAGCCUCUCUCAGAAGAAGCCACUUAUGCUAUCGACAUGAUAUUCGGCCAUGAUAUGGCAAACAGCGUUCUCCAACUGAUCGCUCGCCUUUCCACCAGGGUCUUUCUCGGCGACACCAUGUGCCGGAACACGGCGUGGCUCGAGGCUUCCAAAGCCUACACGGUAGCAAGCUUUACCAUGAUUCUCAAGAUGACUGCCCUCCCAUCCUCGGUCAAGUUCCUCGUUCCCUGGUUCUCCUCCGAGGCGAAAAACGUCUUCAAACACGGAGCCACAUGCCGCGCAAUCCUCACCCCCCUUCUGGCCGAACGUCGAGCUCUAAAAGCCGAAGCUAGAAGAAACGGCAGACCGGAACCUUUCUUCAACGACAUGAUCGAUUGGUUCGAGCAGAAGAGCGGAGGGAAAGGGUACGACCCGGCUCUUUUCCAGAUUGCGCUAUCUUUUGUGGCGAUACAUACAACCAGUGAGCUGCUAACGCAUGCUUUAACUUUGUUGGCGAACGAACCAAACUACGUAGCGGCAUUGAGGGAGGAAAUUGUGAGGGUACUCACAGCUAACGGGCUGACCAAGGCGGCGCUUGCAAAUCUAACGUUGAUGGAUAGCGCGUUGAAGGAGUCGCAGAGGUAUAGGCCUGCUGCAUUCCUAACAAUGCGUCGUCAAGCUCGGCGCACCGUCGUCCUCCCUGACGGCCUCGUUAUCAACAAAGGCGAGCAGAUCGCUGUCGAUGGCUUCAACAUGUCAGACCCCGAUAUCUACCCUGAUCCACACAAAUACGACAUAUACCGCUACCACCGCAUGCGCGCCGGCGCCGACCGUGCCACAGUCAGUCAAGCGCAUCUCGUUUCUACUGGUCCCAAUAACCUGUCAUUCGGGCAUGGCGCACAAGGCUGCCCAGGGAGGUUCUUCGCCGCGAAUGAGAUGAAAAUCGCCCUGUGUCAUCUGCUGCUCAAGUUCGAUUGGCAAUUGGCUGAAGGGACGGACUUGGAAUCGAAAUUCUUGUUUGGCGAGACGGAGGCGCUGAGUAAAGUGAACAAGCUGAGAUUCAGACGGAGGAAGGAGGAGCUUGAUUUGGAGGGAUUGGCUUACGUAUGA